AUGCCGUGUCUUGGAAGUUUCUGCCUGUACCCUCCUCUUGACUUGCAAAAGAGCAGGCCGUCCGAUGGAUUGAUUCGGCGGCUUUUUACCUUUGGGCACAACACAACAACAGCGGCGGCUGUGGCCUUUGGGCUCCGCCAGCAGCAAACUGCGAAACUGUCGACUGGCUACGCAGUACAUAGACAGACAAACACUGCACUGGUCGAGAGGGGAAAGCCAGGUCGGGUUCCUUUGCCAGCAAACGCAGAUAGCUACCUAGGUACUGCCGGACAGGGGCGGAGCUUUUUACCAUGCAUAGACAAAAUCGGAUUAGAGUUCUGGAGCUUGAGCCUUGCGGGAUGCCAUGUGUUGCAGUGGAACCGCCCACGGGACACAUUACUCGUCAUCGCGUCCGGACCAAGGACCAAAGGGACCCUUCAAGUCUCCUUUCCAUGUGCAUACAUACUUCUCUCGAUCAUAUCAUGGCAACAUUCUUCCUCCUCAUCCCCCCCGUGCGACGACCCGUCCAACGUUGGGAAGACCAUGGCGUCGGCGCUGAACAAACGUCAGCAGGCGCGCAAUGAGCGCACCUUGCAGGACCUCAUUAAGAGAUGGGCAAGUUGGAGUUUGGGCAUCUUCCUGUGCAUGCGAUGCGCCGCGCUACACCGCAAACUCGGAACACACAUCUCCAAGGUCAAAUCCUUGAGCAUGGACAAGUGGGACAAUGCGCAAGUCGAAAACAUGAAGCGUAUCGGGAACGUCGAGUCGAACAAGACAUACAACCCACGCAACGUCAAGCCACAAAUACCCAUUGACAUUGAUGAAGUGGACAGCGCCAUGGAACGCUACAUACGCCAAAAGUACGAACAGCGCAUAUACAUGAACAAUGUGCGACUGGGUGGGCAACAGAACACUGGCAGUACCAGCUCUGAGGACAGGCCGCCGCCGUUACCCCCAAAGCCGACAGGUCGUUUUGGAUUUGGAUUGCGGAAAGCUGCCACAUCUCGAGAUCUUACGCCGCCCGUCUCACCUGGUAUCGGAGGCUUCGAUCACGACAUGUCACCACCGCGCGUCAACAAGCCGUCUAGAGUAUUUGGUUCCAACGUCCAAACAUCAGGAGAUGGACUGGAUUCGAAAUUGACUACCCUACGGGACAUGGGGUUUCCGGAUGACAAACGGAAUGCCACGGUACUGAAGGGACUCAAUGGCAAUUUGGACCGAACUGUAGAGGCUUUGAUUAGGUUGGGCGAGCAGAACCCUGACAGAUCGAGGGGAAGUACUCCCACGCCGCCCAGCAAACCCGUUUCGAACGGGCUGAGCUUCGAACGCACUAGCACAGCGCCUGCUGCCAUCUCGACGAAUCCAUUUGAUGCGCUUGACGCCUCCGUUGCGCAACAAAAGCCGCAGGCUGCACCAAUCCAGACCCAGCAAGCAACCUAUGACAACCCAUCUGUACAGCCAACCUCAUCAUCUAAUUCUUAUAAUCCAUUUCUACAGCAAGCCAUGCAAGCGCCCUCCCAGCAACAAAUUUAUCCUCAGCAACAGCAGCAGCCACAGAAUCCUUACCAACAGAACCCUUGGAGUCAACAACAGCAAAGCCUCGAACAAUCGUUCCAGGGCAUGCAGCUGUCAAAUCAGCAGUAA